UUGUACACAAAUUCCUCACCACAUUCUACCUCUACACACACGCAUUACACUCAUUACUAAGCUACUACAUUAUUUAUCUCCAUCCUUAUCUUUCAUUAGACCAUCUCAAUUUGUUAUUCUAGUGAUAAUUAUGGCCAAGAAUGUGGCUGCCCUUGCCCUAGUGGCGGUGAUUGUAAUGGCGGUGCUACUAGCUGAGGCACCAACGACUAAGGCGGCUUGUAGUCCAGUGCAACUAAGCCCUUGUGCUCCUGCAAUUAUGUCCAACAAACCACCAUCUGGCGCAUGUUGUGCAAGACUAAGGCAGCAAAAGCCUUGCCUUUGUGGAUACCUAAGGAACCCCAACCUUAAGCGCUAUGUUAACUCCCCUGGUGCUAAGCGCGUGGCCUCCACCUGUAGAGUCAGUGUUAGAUGCUAAAUACACAUUUCAUCGAGAAAAAAAAUUAUUAGAUGGCUCGUGACGGAGUCUUACUAUUAUACUAUAGUCCUAAUAGUACUCUACUUGUGCCCUUGAUUACUAUAUGAGUGUGAUCAAGGAUAGUCACGUGGGUGUUAAAAUAAAACCAUAACAUUUGUAUUUGGUUUAUUAGGUGCCUAUCAUGGUAGGUCUUAUGGUACGGAAAAUGUGGUAUACAUACGUGCAUGUUGCACACUUGUAUGUCGUAUUCUCUGUUUUCAAAGAUUAUAUACUUGUAUGUGUUGUUUAAUUUAUAUAUAUGAUAUGUGUCUCGGAUAUCAUAUUAUUCAUAUAUAUUAAUUAUAGUAAAGUGGUUACUUAGUAAAGGAGCUCUUACUAUUA